AGAACUUGAAAAGCUUGGCCAAGAAAAACAAGAAUAUGUCUCCACGAUUGAAACCAAAACUGCAGAGAUCCAAACCUUAACAGAUCAGAUCACUGAGUUAAACAAAGCCCUACAGGCCUCUAAAGAAGACCAAAGUGAAGCUGAUAAGUUGAAAGAAGAAUUGGAAGAGAUUAAGAAAGCAAAUGAAGACCUCCAGCGACAGUUAGAAAACAAUAAGACAGCCUCAGAGAAACAGCAAGAGCUACAGGCUUUACUUGAGGAGAAAACAACAACCAUUGAAACACUUCAGUCUACCAUAGAACAGACUAAAGUGGAGAAUAUUGAAAUUCAACAAAAAUUCACAGAAGUUUCCGAAAAAU